AUGAAUAAAGACAUUGGAUAUGUUGGGAAAUGUAGUUUUUGGAAUUGUAAAAGUUUAAUAAAUAACAGAAGUUCAGGGAAAAUACAUAAUUAUCAAAGCAUUCCAUAUUGGGUUUGGAUGAUAUUAAAAGAAGAAAAUAAUUCAGUUGAAGAAAUUGAAUAUACAAAUGAAGAUAGAGAAAAAGAUAUUGGAAAUGAAUGUUUUGGUUAUUGUACGAAUUUAACAAAGAUUGAAAUACAUGAAGGAAUUAAAGAAAAUCCAAAAGGAUUUAUGAAAUAUUGUGGACAAAUACAAAGAAUUGAACUUCCACAAAGUAUAACUAAAAUAAACACAGAAAGUUUUAAAGAAAGUAUAAAAUUAAAAGAAAUUAACAUUAAACCAAAUACAAUAAUAAUUGAAAAAGGAGCAUUUGAAAAAUGUCCAAAUAAUAAUUAUGAAUAA